CUUCAUCAUCUUCAUCAUCUUCAUCAUCUUUAUCAUCAUCAUUAUCAUCAGCUUCUCAUCUUUCAAGCUCUACUUCCGUCAAUCUUAAUCUCACGUGACCUUAUCUAUAUACUCUUGACUGACCUCAAUUACUUGUGCUGAAGAAACAUCUGCCAUUGAUUGUUGACAAACACACUUCCCCUAUCACCACCCCUCUUGAUCCUAUUCGUGAUCAAUCAACCAUGGGUUUCAUGCUGAAGAAGCCCGAAGAGGCGGCGGGCUCGGCAGCCCCCGCCAUCAUCGUGGGCCUGUUCGCUGCCUUUGGAGGUAUCCUCUACGGCUAUGACACCGGUACUAUCAGUGGUAUCAUUGCCAUGAAGUACUGGCGGGAGAUGUUUUCCACGGGGUACAUCAACCACAAGGAUGGUCUUCCCGAUAUCACCUCCUCCCAGUCUUCUAUGAUCGUCUCCUUGUUGUCCGCCGGUACCUUCUUCGGUGCCCUUUGUGCCGCUCCUGUGGCUGAUUACUUUGGUCGUCGUCUGGCCAUGAUCCUCGACUCCUUCGUUUUCUGCUUCGGUGUCAUCUUGCAGACUGCCGCAACCCGCAUUCCUCUGUUUGUGGCCGGCCGAUUCUUCGCCGGCUUUGGCGUUGGUCUCCUCUCGGCAACCGUUCCCCUCUACCAGUCUGAGACUGCGCCCAAGUGGAUCCGUGGUACCAUCGUCGGUGCCUACCAGCUGGCCAUUACCAUUGGUCUUCUGCUCGCCUCCAUUGUCAACAACUCCACCAAGGAUCGCAUGGACACCGGCUGCUACCGCAUUCCCAUUGCUAUUCAGUUCGCCUGGGCCAUUAUUCUGGUGACGGGUAUGCUCAUUCUGCCCGAGACUCCUCGCUUCUUGGUCAAGCACGACCGCCAUGAGGCUGCUGCCCAAGCGCUCGCCCGUCUGCGCCGUCUCGAAGUCAACCACCCCUCCAUUGUUGAGGAGCUCUCCGAGAUCCAGGCCAACCAUGAGUACGAACUCAGCAUGGGCAAGGCCAGCUUCGGCGAUAUCUUCCAUGGCACUCUGGGCAAGCGUUUGAUCACGGGAUGCUUGGUACAGGCCCUGCAGCAGCUGUCUGGUGUCAACUUCAUCUUCUACUACGGAACCACCUUCUUCCAGAACUCUGGCAUCAAGAACAGCUUCACCAUCACCCUGAUUACCAACAUUGUCAACGUGUGCUCCACCUUCCCCGGUCUCUGGCUGGUCGAGAAGUGGGGUCGUCGCCCUCUUCUUCUGUUUGGAGCCAUCGGCAUGUGUGUCUGCCAGUUCAUUGUCGCCAUCGUCGGCACGGCCACCUCUUCGGAAGUCGCUAACAAGGUGCUGAUUGCCUUCGUCUGUGUCUACAUCUUCUUCUUCGCUUCCACCUGGGGUCCCACUGCCUGGACCGUGACUGGAGAGCUGUUCCCCCUGAAGGCUCGCGCCAAGUGCCUUUCCAUCACCACUGCCUCCAACUGGCUCUUGAACUGGGCCAUCGCGUAUGCCACCCCCUACAUGGUGGACUCUGGUCCCGGCAACGCCAACCUCCAGUCCAAGGUGUUCUUCAUCUGGGGUGGAUUCUGCGCCGUCUCCGCUGUCUUCGUGUACACCUGCAUCUACGAGACCAAGGGUCUCUCCCUGGAGCAGGUCGACGAGCUCUACGCCAAGGUGUCUGCUGCCUGGCGUUCGCCUGGCUUCGUACCCUCAGUGCACUACACCGACGUUCGGGAUGUGGCCGAGGGCAAGGCCCGUGGUACUCUCGGGGAGUUGGAGCACGAUGCUCAGAUGAAGCGUGAGCACGAGCACAUCGAGUCUGCCUAGUGGCAUGACAUCAUCUUGUGUUUCAUUCUGGAGUACAUUUUGGAUUUGAUUAGGUUUCUAAUGUUGGGACGACGUUUAUCAUGUAUACUAUUAUCCAUUUGAUUAAGGAAGCGCAGCGAUUUGAGUUAUGUGUUAUGAGAAUUCCAAGUGUCAUAUAUGUCAACUGUCAAGUGUCAUGUUUAAGAAUGC